GGGACGCAGCCAGCCCGGCGGGCAGCCCUAGCCCCAGCCGCGGCAGUCCCGGGGACGCAGACGCCAGAUCCCUCUCCGGCCAGGGCAGGGACCCGGGCCCGCCUAACCAGCUCUGACAGCUCGAUGGCCCCGGCCGGCCACUGAGCCCCGCCAUGGGCAACCUGUACUCGGAGUACCUAAGCACCACCAAGGUCCAGGAGCACUACAAUUACACCAAGGAGACGCUAGUCGUACAGGAGACACUGUCCCGGCAGGUGGCCUCAGCCCUCAUCAUCACCCUGUGCUGUGCCAUCGUGGUGGAGAACCUGCUGGUGCUCGUCGCAGUUGCCCGAAACAGCAAGCUCCACUCAGCCAUGUACCUGUUCCUGGGCAACCUGGCCGCCUCGGACCUGCUGGCAGGUGUGGCCUUUAUAGCCAAUACCUUGCUCUCAGGCCCUGUCACGCUGCAGCUCACACCUGUGCAGUGGUUCGCCCGUGAGGGCUCAGCUUUCAUCACACUCUCCGCCUCUGUCUUCAGCCUCCUGGCCAUCGCCAUCGAGCGUCACGUGGCCAUCGCCAAGGUCAAGCUCUAUGGCAGCGACAAGAGCUGCCGCAUGCUGCUGCUCAUUGGGGCCUCGUGGCUCAUCUCACUGGUUCUCGGUGGCCUGCCCAUCCUUGGCUGGAACUGCCUGGGCCACCUGGAGACCUGCUCCACCGUUCUGCCGCUCUACGCCAAGCACUACGUGCUCUGUGUGGUAACCAUCUUCUCUGUCAUCUUACUGGCCAUCGUAGCUCUGUAUGUCCGCAUCUACUGUGUGGUCCGCUCCAGUCAUGCCGAUGUGGCUGGCCCACAGACACUGGCCCUGCUCAAGACGGUCACCAUCGUGCUCGGUGUCUUCAUUGUUUUCUGGCUGCCUGCUUUUAUCAUCCUCCUCCUGGACUACGCCUGUCCUGUGCACUCCUGCCCUAUCCUCUACAAGGCCCAUUACUUUUUUGCCUUCGCAACCCUCAACUCGCUGCUCAACCCUGUCAUCUACACGUGGCGCAGCCGGGACCUGCGGCGGGAGGUACUGCGGCCGCUGCAGUGCUGCCAGAGGGCGGCGGGGGUACCGGGACGGCGGGUUGGGGCCCCAGGCCACCACCUCCUGCCCCUCCGCAGCUAUAGCUCACUGGAGAGGGGCACCCACAUGCCCACGUCGCCCACAAUUCUGGAGGGCAACACAGUGGUCUGAGGGACAAAUGGGCUGACAACCAGGCCAUGGCAGAGGGUGCCAUGGAGAGGUGCCAGGUGACUUCAGACGGAGAUGUGGGGCUGCCAAACAAGAUGGCCCACUCCACAGACCUGGGUUGAUACUGAAAAUCUUUUGUAGCUGGGAUGGCCAGCUGAGUCCCUGACCGGUUGGAAGGUAGAGCUGCAGAAGGUUCCUGGAGGCCAGUGCAGUGGCUGGCGUGACCCUUCAGAACUGGACCACGGAGAGGUCUGGGAGACCCGGAAAGGGUCCGGGCAGCAGCAGGCAGGCACUCAAGCGGAGCUCUGGGCAUCAGCCAUUUACAACCUGGUACCAAGGACUUCAUUUCAUGGCUGUCUGGUCCUCCGCCCUGUGCCAGACUCUUCUCUGAACUUAGUCUCUUCUCAUCUUCUGGCAACUUCAGGCCACUUUCCUGGAACCACUCACUAUCCCUAGGGGCUAGAGGCCUCCUCCCUGACCAUCAGAGCAGCCCCGGUUAACAGUUCCCUGGACACAAAUCCACAGCUUCCCCAAAUUUCACCAGCUGACACUUCAGCCACUUCUUCCCUUUCCUCUUACUCCACAAGAUGCCAGGAAACUAUGGGCUGGAGGGGGAGGGGGCCAAACCCCAUCUUCAGACCUCAUCGGCCAGUUGCACUAUUUGGGGCCCAGAGAAAUCACCAAGGGCUAGAAAAACCUGUCCAGGGGCGGGGUGCAGGGGCUGAAGAGGCCUCUGGGUCUCUCAGUGGCACAGGGUGGAACUUGAGAAAGUCUGGCAGAGCUGUUAGCCCAGGACCCUUCCACCCCGCAAGAAACAACCACCUCCAAUCUCCUUCCACCUCCAGGCCCGGCUAAGGUACCACAUCUCCUAAGGCAGGGCAGCCUUGAGCCCGCUGUGCCUCCUUUCAAGUUGUAUUGGAUGGCGCAUGGAGUGGAGGUGCUGAGGACAUUUGUGGGGGCUCUCCCCCAACCUGCCCCAUCAGGACUUUGCUAAAUCCUGUGGAUAGAUAGAAGGACAGUUGCGGUACAAAUGUAUAUUUAUGUGUGUGCCUGACAGUGUCUGUGUGUGUGUGUUUUUGUGUAUGUGAUGCCUGUGACUGCCCGUCCCCACCGUGUUUCCUCAGAAUGGAUGCUACUCUGUCUCCUUAUGUCUGUGUUGAAGCUGCCAAAGAGGGGUCUGGCCCCAGAGACAGAGUAGCAUCCAUUUGCUGGCCCAUUUCCCCACUUGAGAGCUGGGCUGCGGCUCGCCUUGGGGAAGGAAACAUUAUGCCUCAAAAUGAUUUUUUGUGAAUGCAAAUGCUGGGAGGGUCUUUGGUGGGGGCAAGGAGCCAGUUGGGGGCUUGCUUCCCCUCAUUCAGCUCCCCAGAUGCCCCUCCAAUGUCUGAGACAAGGCCCAGGCCAAUA